GGGAAAGACAGUCUCCGCAACAGCCAAAAGAGUCAUUCAUCAGCUCCUCCACUUUUUCUUCGUCUACGCUUCAUUUACGCCGGGUCCUUGAGAGAAUAUAUAUCCGGGGAAAUCGAAGCUCAUUCCCAUAUGGAUUGCUGAAAUUUUGUUCAAUCCACUUUCUACAUCCUACAUCUUUCUCUUUGCCGCUUGUUAUCGGUCCCCUCUGCGCCUACUCCACCUGCUCCCGAGUCGUCUGUACUCCGCCAUCCGUGAGCGGAGGACUCUACCUCGGUAGUAGUCAUCCUGACUUCAAACGCCUCCUAUCUUACAGCUUCUAGCGCCCAGCAUUGUCAGCUUCACACUAUACUAUCCACCAAACUUAUCUUUGCUACGUAAUAAGGAGAUUAUAGAAGUUACUUUCUCGGGCCGUCUGGCCUGAUUAGCUCCAAACACCAUGUGGAAGCCGUCGGAGAGGCUGAUGGAGACCAUCAGACAUUAUGCCAGCUUCCCCGCCACUGGUGUCUCCCUUCGGCAGAUGGUCCAAUUUGGAGACAGACCUUCGACUGUAGGAACUCUGUUUCGCGCCUCGCAAUUCCUUUCCGAGGAGCUCCCUAUUCGUCUCGCACACCGUGUCCAAGAUCUUGGAGAGCUCCCCGAUGGACUUAGUGAAAUGCCCUCUAUCAAGAAGGUCCAGGACUGGUACGCACAAUCGUUCGAGGAAAUCAUCAAUCUGCCUCGACCGACUCUCACGCAAGAAGUGAAAUCCCGGCUGCUACGUCCAGGGAGGAUCAACGGUGGUGCUUCAAAAAUUCUCUCUGAAACCACACAGAACCCAAGUAUCAGGGAAGGGCAAUAUAGAUCCUCUCCCUCCUCGGCAUCAAAUCACAAUGGUAAUGGAAAAGCUGCAGCUGCGGCGGCUCGAAGAUAUUUUGUCCCUUCCGAUGAGCAGGGAAAUUGGCCACCGGAGUUGAAUGACUACAACGAGCGCUUCGCAAAGACCCUCCAGCAGAUCAAACGGCGACAUGAUAGUGUUGUAACCACAGUGGCUCAAGGCAUCCUAGAAUGGAAGCGGAAACGUCAAAGGUUACAGAUUGACUCGACUGUGCAGUCCUUCCUCGAUCGGUUUUACAUGUCUCGGAUUGGUAUACGUAUGUUAAUUGGCCAGCAUAUAGCUCUCACGGAGCAAACGCACGUUCGCCAUCCAAACUACGUUGGUAUUAUCUGUACGAAGACAAACGUUCGAGAGGUCGCCCUAGAAGCUAUUGAUAACGCCCGUUUUGUAUGCGAGGAUUAUUAUGGUCUUUUUGAAGCUCCGAAGGUCCAGCUUGUCUGUAAAGAUGACCUGAACUUUAUGUACGUCCCGGGUCACUUAUCUCACAUGCUCUUCGAAACCUUGAAAAACUCCCUGCGUGCGGUGGUGGAGACCCAUGGAGCAGACAAGGAAGCUUUUCCGGUCACUAAGGUCAUAAUUGCCGAAGGCAAGGAAGAUAUUACUAUCAAAGUGUCUGAUGAGGGCGGUGGCAUUCCUCGUUCUGCGAUCCCCCUGGUUUGGACAUACAUGUACACUACGGUGGAGCAAACUCCCAAUUUGGAUCCUGAUUUUGACAAAAGCGACUUCAAAGCCCCUAUGGCCGGCUUCGGUUACGGGUUGCCUAUCAGUCGUCUGUAUGCUCGGUACUUUGGUGGGGACUUGAAGUUAAUCAGCAUGGAAGGGUAAGUAAUUUUCCACUUUUUUCUUUUGCCAGUGUUUGCGCUUUUUUCCCGCAAAGUCUGACUU